AUGAGAUAAAUGUUCCAUCACUCAGAAGUCGGCCAUUUUACUUUUGAACAAACCAUUUUUUCUAGUUGGUUCCGUUGAAAUUUUUUGUGUAAAUUUUUGCUCUUACAUGUUUUUCUGCUCUUAUAUGUUUUUAGUGUUAAAUAUCACUAUUUAAUUGAAAUCAUCUACAACUUCAGUAUAUUAUUGUAUUAUGUCAUCGACUCCAGCAGAAGAUGCUUUUCAGAAAGCUCUUGAACGUGCUAAAGCAGUAGCCACUAAAUUAACUGGAAAUAUUACCGGCAAAAGGGCGGCUGAAGAUGAUGGUGGAGCAGAGGCCAAACGUCCGCAACUGAGUGACCCUUUUGGUGCUCAAUUAGCUGCAUCUAAACUUCAAGGACAACAGCAGCAGCAACAGCAGACCCAACAUCAGCAACAACCAUUACAAUCGCCACCACCACAGCAACAGCAACAGCCGCCUCAGCAGCAAGGGGACUCAUCCAGACCGCCGAUUACUAAUGAGUAUGGAACUUCUAGGCAAAUCAAUAGGGAAGUUCCGGUUCCUCCUCAAUUCAUAGGAUUAGUUAUCGGAAAACGGGGUGAUAGUAUAAAAUCAAUCCAAUCAACCACCAAUACAAAAGUUCAAUUUGACUCUAAUAGAGUGGACGAUAAUGGUUGUAAGAUCUGUAAAAUCACCGGUGAAUUAGAGAACGUGAAUCGAGCCGAGAAAAUGAUUCAAGAGAUCAUUGAAAAUUCUCGUAACAUGCAGCAGCAACAGCAGCAACAACACCAACAACAGCAUUCCGAAGGAAACGUUCGUGAACACCAUGGUUAUGAUCGCGAUAUGAAUCGUGAUAGAGACCGUGAUCGAGGGGGUGACAGAGGAGGUCGAGGUGGUGGAAGAGUAGGGGGAGGAGAUAGAAGAAGAUUUGAAGGAGAAGAAGUCGUUAUGAAUGUUCCAGUGAAUCGUGUUGGGGUAAUCAUUGGUAGAGGUGGUGAAACCAUCAGAUCAAUUAAGCAACAAUCAGGUUGCCACAUUGAGACAGAUAAAAAUUCCAAAGGAGUUAUUAUCAUUAGAGGACCUCCAGAUCGUAUUGGAAUUGCCCAGCAAUUGAUUAAUGAAAAAAUUAAUAAAGAUACUCGUCACAAUGACCGAGGAGGAGGAGGAGGAGGAUAUGGAAGACAAAGUGGUGAUGAUAAUAGAAACAACCAAUAUCAGCCCUAUAACCAAUCUCAGAUGUACAGUAAUAAUAGGCACUAUAAUCCCACUCAUCAACAAGCACCACAGCAUCAUCCACAACAACCAAGUCAACCUGCUCAGCAGCAAUACUGGCCUAACUAUUACUACCCCGAUCCAUCUCAAAAUUCCACUGAUACAACAAAUCAACAUCCGAACUCUGCGGCGUGGGCAGCCUAUUAUGCGCAAACUCAAGCUCAGCAAAUGGCCUCAACUAUACCAUCAACCCCCGGCACUCAAAAUGGUAGUGAACAACCGCAACAAGAUUAUACUGCUCAAUGGAUCCAGUAUUAUCGUAUGUAUGGAAUGGUUAAGGAGGCUGAGAUGAUUGAACAAAUGGCGGAACAAAUGAAGAAAAGUGCUACCGAUAAUGUACAAAUGUAAAUUUGAAGAGUAUCUGAGAAUCAGGAAUUAUUAAUGUAGUUAAAGAUCAAUAUUCAACUUUUAAUAAUAAUAAUAAUAAUUGAAUACAAAGCCCUUGAUGUUGAGUUGAAAAGGAGUCAAUUUUAUUUCGUCUUGGACUCAAUUGAUAUGUUUUUUUAACUUGUUGAUUGUUGAUGACCGAUUCACUGGUAUGAUUUAAUUGGUCAACUUGAGGCACAAAUUUUAGCUAAGAUCCAGAACAGCUUCAAAAAGCCAUGUCAAUUAUAAUCAGAUUCUUCUGCAUGACGAAAGUUGAAAGUACAAUCACAUCUGGACUCGUGCAUCUCGGAAUUGAAGCAUAUCUCUCGUUUAAUGGAGAGAUCGGAGAAAAAUUUUGUCGAAAAAGAAUAUCAUCUGUAUUGUUCUUCAUACCUUAAACUGACGCUCUUGUACACAAUCAUCUUUUAUUUAUUAUACAUCUGUAAAUACCUUUGUGUUAGCAAGAGAUGUUCAAUUAAAAUUUAAAAUUGAACAAUAACUGUUCAGUUCCCUUUUUCUACUUUGUAUUCUUUCGUAUUUUCUACACAUCAAAAUCUAAUCAGAAAAUAAUAUGAAAUUGAAAUUUUA